AACUCAAGCUGACCACCACGGACAAGUCCACACCUUUCUCUUUCUCUCUCUUUAGAAUCUCUUCCCUGACAUUUGAAUCCGAAAUUGUAUGAAAUUCUUCUCCUCUAAGCUUCAAUACGUUUUUAUACUUUUCUAAGAUCAGACCAAAUUCACUAUUUAGAUCUCAAGAUAUCUCUUUUCUUGGUGCCUGCAAGUGAUCUUAAUUGAAGUGAACAGUCAUCGAGAAAAUGGCCGGUCGUUAUGAUAGCAAUCCUUUCGAAGAAGAAGAAGUUAACCCCUUUGCUGAUGGAGGUGGACGAGGAAAAACAUCCAAUCAGUCAACAUAUACUGGGAGUGUUCCUCCUGUUACAAACUCAAGGCUUUCACCCCUUCCUCCAGAGCCUGCUGAUUUCUACAAUCCUACGGCUCCAGUCAAUAUUCCUCUUGAUAGUACUUCGGAUUUGAAAAAGAAAGAAAGAGAACUGCAGGCUAAGGAAGCUGAAUUGAAACGGAGGGAACAGGAAGUAAGGCGGAAAGAAGAGGCUGCUGCAAGAGCUGGCAUUGUUCUUGAGGAGAAAAACUGGCCUCCUUUUUUUCCUAUUAUCCAUCAUGAUAUUGCAAAUGAAAUACCGAUUCAUCUUCAGAAGCUGCAGUAUGUUGCAUUUACAACCUUUUUAGGACUUGCGUUUUCCCUUCUAUGGAACGUCAUAGCUGUGACUACUGCAUGGAUUAAACAGGGAGAUCCAAAGAUUUGGUUUCUUGCCAUUAUCUACUUGAUAUCUGGGGUUCCAGGAGCCUAUGUGUUAUGGUAUCGUCCACUCUACCGUGCUUUCAGGAAUGAAAGCGCUCUGAAGUUUGGGUGGUUUUUCAUGUUUUACUUGCUUCACAUUGGCUUCUGUAUCUUUGCUGCGGUUGCGCCUCCGGUCGUUUUCAAAGGAAAAUCUCUGGCAGGUAUCCUGCCAGCCGUGGAUCUCAUAGGCAAGCAUGUUUUGGUUGGGAUCUUCUACUUCAUUGGUUUCGGACUGUUCUGCCUGGAGUCGGUCCUCAGCAUUUGGGUUAUACAGCAAGUAUACAUGUAUUUCCGAGGCAGUGGGAAAGCAGCAGAGAUGAAGCGCGAAGCUGCUAGGGGAGCGAUGAGAGCAGCAAUAUAGACGACUGACGACUCCAAUGAAUGUAGACAGACGAAUUGCUUAGCCCACGUAAAGAGUAUUUCAUGUAUUGAGUGUUCCAUUUUUUGUAAUGAUAAUAAGUUUACUGUUUUAUUGGUGAGAAGACUUGUGAGGGAAGAAGUAGAAAGAAGAGAUAGAAGCUCUACCUUAACCUGCCCGACCUUUGUUAUGUUUGUAAAUGGUGUUGUUUGCAUUAAUGCUCUCGUUUGCGUUCCAUUU